AGACUGCGUGAAGCAGACAGGCUGUGCCAGAACUCUUCAGAGAUGUCAUUUUCUUUCUCUCAACCAUGCCCCUCAGGGGCACUUCUGCUGGUGGUGGUGUCAAGCCUCCUUUUAUGGGAGAAUGUGGCCUCUGUACCUUUGAGUAGCAAUGAGACUGAUGGUUAUCCAUUAUCCAUCAAUGGGCUGUUUCAUAAUGCCAUGAGACUAACUUGGAAUAUCAAAAACCUCAACAUGGAACUGCGCAAGACAUAUACAGUCAAUCAAGUCUCUGAAAAAUUAUACGAGAACUAUAUGCUUGACUUUAUUGAGGACAUGGAGUAUCUGGUCAAGGCUCUCACCUGCUGCCACAAUUAUUCCAUCAAAACUCCAGAAAACCUGGACGAAGCUCAACAGAUUCCUUUUAACGAAUUUCCAAAGCUGAUCCUCAGUAGAAUGUGGGCUUGGAAUGAAACUUCUAAAGUUCUACUGACCACACUCAGAAGUAUUCCAGGAAUGCAUGAUGAUGUCAUUUCAUUAGCCAAAAACAUUGAAACAAAACUUGCAGAGCUUUUUGAGUACACCCAGAGUAUACUCAACUCGAUUUAUGGAACAACAACAACAGGAAAUGUGGAAUACACCGUCUUUUCUGGUCUUGAAGACUUAAAAUCAUCUGAUGAAGAAUUUAGUCUUUUUGACCUUUGUAAAUUUUCCUAUUGCUUACGUGUAGAUAUACAUAUGGUUGAACUUUAUCUCAAGCUAUUAGAGUGUGUGGUAUAUGUUAGUAGUGAUGUUUGUUUAUCCAAAAAUAUUAGAGAUGCUUCAUGAUGCUGAAUCUUUUUAAAUAAUCUUAAUUUUAUAAUUGUGAAAGUAUAAUUGAGUAUAACGAGUGUCUUUUAAAAUAAAAAUAAACUAUAUAUAUAAAUAUAUAUGUGUAUAUGUUAAAAGUUUACAAAGAAAAUUUGUUACUACCUUUUAUUCAUUUAGUAUUAAAUGUAUUAAUAGCUUUAAGAGGAAUGACAGACAAAUGGAGAAUCAAAAACAUCAGAAUCACAGUAAAUUAAUGUUAAUGUUGGUAUAAUUAUAAGUAUCAAAUACUUAAUCCAUAAUUAAAUGUAUUUCCAUAUUAUUAAGUAGAUGGGACUAUUGGGAUACUGCAAGAAAGUAAUUCAGUUUGAUGGAAAUUGUCCUAUUACCCUAUGCUAUAACCACCCAUCAGGUCUUCGAGACAAUUAACACCAUGUUUUGUGGUUCAAUUUGUAAGACUUUCCCCUAAUAUACAAGUCACAUGUAUUCACUGU